GACCACGACUUUACCAUGAGACCAGGGUUUGGGGGUCCUGCCAUUCCUGUUGGGGUAGACGUGCAAGUGGAAAGCUUAGAUAGUAUUUCUGAAGUUGAUAUGGACUUUACCAUGACGUUGUAUCUCAGGCAUUAUUGGAAGGACGAGAGGUUGUCUUUUCCAAGCUCCAAUAAUCAAAGUAUGACAUUUGAUGGGAGGCUAGUGAAAAAGAUUUGGGUUCCUGACAUGUUCUUUGUCCAUUCCAAGAGAUCCUUUAUUCAUGAUACCACCACAGAUAACAUAAUGUUGCGCGUGCAGCCUGAUGGCAAAGUGCUGUACAGUCUCAGGGUUACGGUGACUGCUAUGUGUAACAUGGACUUCAGUCGCUUUCCACUUGAUACACAAUCCUGCUCUUUAGAAAUCGAGAGCUAUGCCUACACAGAAGAUGAUCUUAUGUUGUAUUGGAAGAAUGGCAAUGAUUCCUUAAAAACAGAUGAAAGAAUUUCCCUCUCACAAUUCCUUAUUCAAAAGUUUCACACAACAACACGCCUUGCUUUCUAUAGCAGUACAGGAUGGUACAAUCGCCUCUACAUAAACUUUACUUUACGUCGACACAUCUUCUUCUUCCUGUUGCAAACAUACUUUCCAGCAACGUUGAUGGUCAUGCUUUCCUGGGUAUCUUUCUGGAUAGAUCGGAGAGCAGUUCCUGCACGAGUUCCUUUAGGCAUAACCACUGUGCUGACAAUGUCAACCAUAAUUACUGGUGUAAAUGCCUCCAUGCCAAGAGUCUCAUAUAUAAAAGCAGUGGACAUUUAUCUCUGGGUUAGUUUUGUGUUUGUCUUCCUAUCGGUGCUGGAAUACGCAGCUGUGAAUUAUCUGACUACAGUGCAAGAGAGGAAGGAAAGGAAACUGCGAGAGAAGUUUCCUUGUACGUGUGGCGUAGCCCAGCCACGGCCAAUGAUGGACAGCAGCUACAGUGAUGGAGAGGUCAACAACCUGGGACAUUUUGUGUCUGAAAAUGGGGAAAAAGAAGACAGAAUCAUGGUGCAACUGGCUCUCAGUGCAGAGAGAAACUCCAACAGAAGGAAGAGCCAGCGGGCAUACGUCAGUAUGCGCAUUGACACUCAUGCCAUUGACAAAUAUUCAAGAUCGAUAUUUCCUGCAGCAUACAUCCUAUUUAACCUGAUAUAUUGGUCAAUUUUCUCUUAGAAGCAUGCCAAUAGACAUUCCUGGGAUAAACU